GUCCUCCCAAGGAGUGGGCUCAGCAGGACCAAGGUGAAAAGGAGAACCCCAUGCGGGAACUUCGCAUCCGCAAGCUCUGCCUCAAUAUCUGUGUCGGGGAGAGUGGAGACAGACUGACCCGGGCAGCCAAGGUGUUGGAGCAGCUCACAGGCCAGACCCCUGUGUUUUCCAAAGCUAGAUACACCGUCAGGUCCUUUGGCAUUAGGAGAAAUGAAAAGAUAGCUGUCCACUGCACAGUCCGUGGAGCCAAGGCAGAAGAAAUCCUGGAAAAGGGUCUGAAGGUGCGAGAGUACGAGUUAAGAAAAAAUAACUUCUCAGAUACUGGAAACUUUGGUUUGGGGAUCCAGGAACACAUUGACCUGGGCAUCAAGUAUGACCCAAGCAUUGGUAUCUACGGCCUGGACUUCUAUGUGGUGCUGGGUAGGCCAGGUUUCAGCAUCGCAGACAAGAAGCGCAGGACAGGCUGCAUUGGGGCCAAACACAGAAUCAGCAAGGAGGAGGCCAUGCGCUGGUUCCAGCAGAAGUAUGACGGGAUCAUCCUUCCUGGCAAAUAAACCAUCCAAAUGGCCAAUAAAAUGUUUUCUGUGA